UUUUAGAGAAAGCUGGAGGUACAGGCACGCAGCAACGCCAAAAGUGUGCGCCUCUCUGGGGAAAAACUGAGACGUAUUCCCAGCGGGACUGCUCGGAGACUGCUGGAAAUUUUCCCUAGGAAUACAACCUGACGAACUAGGAUACUUGGAGGAUAUCAGAGGCUCUCCUGUAACCAUGGGGGACGUGGUUUCCUCUCACCUGGAUGAGAACAGGCGGGAGUUGAUUACAGCUCGGACCAAAGAUCUAAUGGCAGAGUUCAGCGAAGUGUACGAGCAGCAGUACAAAGUCGCUCUCUUCAACAGCAUCCGCUUUGAGAUAGAAGGAGGAGGAGGUACGCAGUCUCAGCUGCUUCACAGAAAGGACCCUCUUGCAGGUCGGACCAUCUUCUCGGGGAGCCUGUUUCAUUACCUGGAGGAGAAUCGAAAGUGGAAGAACCGUUUUAUAUCCGUGCCAAACGACUACACCAUAAACACCCAUGACAGCAAAACGGCACACGAUCGGCAUCUGCACCCGAAAGUAUCCAUCAACUGUGCUGGGUACAAGGCCCUGACUUCAAUGGAGGAGUACAUGGAGCUGAUGAACAACAGCCCGCCAGAUGCCAAAGUGGACAAUAACACAUUCAUCAAGUGUGCAACCAAGUUCCCUCUCAUCCUGUGGCACCCGUACGCCCGCCACCACUACUUCUGCGUGGUGACCGAGAAGGAGCAGAAGAAGUGGCACGCUGUGCUGCAGGAUUGCAUCAGACACAGCAACAAUGAUCUGCCGGAGGACUGCACUGUUAAGACACCAGCCUUCACUGACUCUGUGAGGCUUCACAGACAAGCCAAAGGACACUACGGGACCUGGGAUAUGAUGUGUGGAACACCACCGCAGAUUUUGGCUAAUCUGGUGAUGGAGACCCUCUACCCCAAGCUAAGAGACGUGAUUGGACCUCGCCUGAAGGGGAAGAUGCAGCAGAGGCAGAGGAACUGGAUGUUGAUCUCUGAUGCCGUGUACAAACAGGUGUUGUCUCAGACCACCGGUCAGUAUGCAGCUCUGGUGGAAGCUUGUGAGGCCCAGAGAGGCCCGCUGGAUGCCAGCCUGCGAACCGACAUGGACCAGAUCAUUGCGUCUAAAGAACACAUCAUCAGCAAGAUACGAGCUCUAGUGUUGCCAAAGGCAGAGCAGAUCUUGCGGACCAACAUCCAGCCCUACAUCAACUCCAUCUUGGAGGCCCUGAUGGAGCCCACCAGCCGAGGGUUUGCCGAGGUCAGGGACGUUUUCUUUAAGGAGGUGGUGGAGGUCAGCAAGAACUCACUCAAUGGCGGGGGCAAAGAAAAAAUCGGAGAGAACAUGGAGAGGCUAUCCAUGCUUGCCUUCCAUCCAGUGAAAAUGCAGAGCUGUUACGAGAAGGUGGAGGAGCUCAACCUGGAGGGGCUGCAGCAGAGGUUCAACGUCUCCAGUCCAUCUGUGUUCAUCAGCAGGGCUCAGAUCCUUAUGAGGGAGCAAAUGGACAAUGCAGUGUACACAUUUGAGCAGCUGCUUCACCAGUCUUUAGAGGCCCAGGGAGACAAUGACAUGUGCAAGACCAUCCAGAGAUGCCAGGACAGAGUUCUCAAGAAAUAUGACUAUGACAGCAGCACAGUUCGCAAGAAGUUCUUCAGAGAGGCUCUGCUGCAGAUCAUCAUCCCCUACAUGCUGCAGAACCUCUCGCCAUCCUGUGCACCUGAACUGCCUCGGUUCAACGAGCUAAUCUUCGAGGACUUUUCACGUUUUGUGCUGGUAGAAAAUAUAUUUGAGGAAGUGGUGCUGCAGUCUGUCUCCAAAGACAUAAUGAUGGCUGUGAAGGAGGCAGCUGUGCAGAGGAGACAUAAUCUCUACAGGGACAGCAUCAUUCUGACCAACAGCGACCCCAACCUGCACCUGCUUGGGGAAAAUCCCCAAGUAGACUGGGCCACCAAGUUUGGGGGUGAUGAGCAUGAUGUCUCUGUCAGCAGUGGAGAUGAAGGAAGGAGUUCUGGGAGAAGACGCAAGCAGGUGGUGUCAAUGAUACAGGUGGAAGGGGUGCCUCUGCCCUAUGAGUCCUGCCUGGAGGUCCCAGGAGUGGAGCUGAUCCCCGAGGAGGAUGCUGAGAUGUCUCAGAGCAAAGAGGAGGACCAGCUAGAGAAAGAGGAGGACCUAGGCCCAUCUGAGAACCCCAAGUCUCCUGAUAGCGUGAAUGAAAUCAGGGACUUGAUUAAUCCGGUGGUUGAGAUGGUGCUGCCAGUGUCCAAGGUGGAGCAUCCUGAAAGCUCCAGCAGCACAGAGUUGACCACUGGCACCAUCACCAUGGAGGAUGGGGUCCCAGAGAACGUGACUCAUGUCACCGCUGUGGUGGAGACCGUUCCCAGGAAUUCUCUGCGAGAGAAGACUUCCCCACAAGCAAUCCUCCAGCAGCUGGUAGCAGGCAAGAAACAGGAAGUCGAUAAGGAGGAAGCAGCCAUCCAGAACGCCAUCGAGGAACUAGAGAUAGCAGUGCAGGGAGACGAAAGUGAACACAUUGCCGAGAUCUCUGCAGCGGAAUCAGAUUACGAGUCCUCACCACCACUGGUUACAGACUCUGGCUCGCAUGAGGACAGCGGGUUCCAGUCACCCACCAGUGAGGGGCUGGAUGAUGGGGAGCCUCAGCCAAUCACAAAUGGCCUGAGUGGAGAGACAAAGAUCAUCGACCCUGUAGAAGUGGAGGUUGUUUUAUCAUAAGAAGGGCACUCUUCUGCAUAAACUGGAGAAAACUGCAGAGACAAACAGCAACAUGCAUGUCAUAAUUAUUGAGAAGCUGAAUGAAUAUGGUUUGUAUUUAAGGGAUUGAAUAUGCCUUUUCUUUGUUGCUGUUGAUAUUAGAAACUCCAGAACCCACUCCUCCAGUUUUUUAACACACGUUUGGUGAUUGGUGAGCGCAGAUUUUCUUCGUAUUUUGCGUAUGUCAGUAAAUUCAUGUCUGAUUUAUAUCAACUCUCCAUGUCAUGACAGCAGGCUGGGGCCCGUUACACUGUUAAUAAAUUUUAAAUGAUAAUCAACACUUUAUAAAAUGUGCACAGCAGGAGAGAAAAGCAAACUAAACCUAAGUCUUUGGUAUUUUUGAGAUUUGUUUACACAGCGGGAGGUCAUUUGAAUAUCUCUAACGAUUUUAUGCUCAUAUAUUUGCAACUUCACUGCAGGUAAACAGUCUUGCCUAAUGAGCUUAGCCUCUAUCUGGGCAGCAGGGGGUGCUAGAGCAAAGUUUUCUGCUUCAUCCUGAACUGUAUUUAUCUAUUUUUUAUAAAAUGUUAUUUUACAAACACGCCAUUUGUUUACUUUAUGUUUCAAUGCAUUUCAGUACAAACAGGCAGCGGUUGGUAAAUACAGCAACAAUAACUUUAAAACCAAGAUGUCUUUAUUUUUUAAAUAUAUCAAAAAUGUAUUGUUUUCUUGUGACUUUGCCUUUGGGUUCUAGAGAUGACCAAGUAACAAUAACAGCUCUGGAAGAAGCCUGCUUCAUGAUUUUUAUUUAAAAGUCCAUCCAUUAUAAAAUCAUACAGACUGCUGUAGUGGGAUCAAGCUGUACAUUUAGCUUGUGUUUUAUGUGACAAAUAGUUUCACUGUAAAUGAAUAACAGGCUUUAAUUCCAUAUAAUAUAAUUUUGGUAUAGUUUUGCACGUGGUUUCAUGAAAACAAAUUGUUAAUUUGGUACUAAAUGUGGCAAGGAGGGAGGGGAGGAGGAGAUUUUUAUGUUCUUUAUUGACAAAACUAUAUGGUUGUUGUUGGGAAAUGUCAUUUUUGUCUGCUACUGCUCUGUACUAACUAAAAGACUCAAGGUUAGACUAGCACAUAAUCCACAUUUUAACACUCAAAAUAUAUUUUUUUUAAUUAUAAAGAGCAGAAUUUACACAUUUUCUGUCAACAACAACACCUUCUGUCCUUAGACCAGUAACUGCCUUUGAGAAGGGGCAAAAUGAGGAGAAGGCGGCAAAAGAGAUUCGAGGACACGCAUACACAGCACUGGAUUUUAAUUAUGGUUAGACAAGAAAACAGGAUGAAACUCCAAGUAAAUAAAGCACAUGCAUAGAAUUUAACUCCUUAUUUUUACAAUGCAGAGUAUAAACUUGCAGUCCUUUCUGGGAAUAUGUCCACUUUAGUAGUGUAGUUAAAAGCCCAGGCUGUAUUUUAAUAUUAAAUGUUGAGUUGUAAUUGUUAAUGUAACUAUUGCCAACGCAUCCACGGCACAUUAAUCAGGACCCGGAGUCGCAGCUGAGGCCUACCUUCCCUUGUUUUAUUUAUUAUAAAGCCUGUGUGGAUUCUAACAUUCAGGUGUAAACGGCUUUCUUCUGUUUGUAUUUGUAGGACUUUUUACCUUUUCUUGAAACAUGUAUCAAAAUGUCUGAAUAAAAACACUUCAUCAGCUUCA